ACGAAAGCGACCCCGCGCAGUUCGAAUUCGAUGAUACCCCGCCGUCUGCUGAGCAGCUUGCAGCCUCAGAGAGCAGUGACGCUGCUGUGAGGAGAUGCAAGCGCCCGUACUGGGUGUGUCAGCCUUACGUUCGACCUCUUCCCAAAGAGGCGCUGGAGAAGGGGAGUCUGCAGCUCAGUAAGAAGGAGUUGGCCAAGAUGGCAAAGGCGGAGGAGGAGGCUAAGAAGGCGGGUGUUGAGCCUAAUGGAAAGGUCGAGAAGGUUGCCAAUGGGUCACAUGAUCAGGCUGAGGAGGUGCCAAAGGCAGGCCUCGUUUGUGGCUGAUCAAAACUUGACAGAUUCGAUACGAGUUCACUCAAGCUUUGUGAAUGAAAGUUCACUUCACAUUCAAAUCUCCAAGCUCACCUGACACUUCCAAGUCAUCAAACCGUGUAACACAAGCGCACUUCAGCGAGUUCCGUUUGCACCGAGAGUUCACGGCAAGGUUUCACGACGCUCGCCUCGCAUAUUACCUGGCUACAAGCAAGUUGCCAUUUUCCAUCUACUCUCUUGCUCUUACAACCUCGUUGUACACACACACCAGCAUGGUGCGCUCGCAAUCUCUGAUUUCUGCUGGUGAUGGCGCUGCGGACAGCAAACCCAUCAACAACGACGCCACCAACACAAAGACUACCGGAGCCAACAUGAACCACAGCAAGGCCAUCGCCACAAAGAUCACCCAGACUGCCAUGAACGACAGUACGGCCACCAACAGCGAAGCUCCAACAAUCAAGAGCGCAGACACCACCUCCAACAUCACAUCCACCCACGUCAAUGCUAUUGAGAGCACGAUGAGCGAAAGCAAGAAUCCUGGCAACGAGGGUCCCGACGGCAAACACGACAACAGCAUGGCCGUGGAUUCAACAGACAUAGCCAUUGCCCCUCUUGAGCGCAUCCAACGCGCGCUUGGCCUCAAACACCUCUCAAACCCGGAAGACGGAGUUGCCUGUGAGGUCGAGUCACCAUUUGAUCACCGCCGGGUGAGCCGCUUUCUCUUCGAGCGCAAUGUCAUCUUCGUUGCCAUACAUCUGCAAUUGCGGAAGAAUGACACCGGCGGCUUGACGAAAAUAAGCCUCGGGGUUGCGCGCCUUGAUACGGAGGACCUGGAUCGAAUGUCACCCGGGCGCUGUGGUGAGAAUUUCGAGGAGGAGAUUACUAUCGACUCUUUCGUGGAGGAGCCCUUGUUCGAUCGCCAGGUGGUAAGCGACUAUCAGAUAGGCAAAAUGAGAAGGAGCAUCGCGAAUUCUUUCGAAAACACUGGCCCAAGUCACUGCGGAAAGGCUAUCGCUAUGGUGAAAGCGAAACGAGAGAUCGUCUUGGUGACGGAUGGCACAGCAGAGCUCGACCACGACCUUUCACUACUAGGCUUCAACCCGAGGCAUCAUGUGGGCGUCAUCGACAUUGUUGACCUACGGACGCUGUUGGAAGCGGUCAAAGCCUGGCAUGCAGACCACCAUGGUGGCUAUUCUGACUUUGAUGUCCACGAAGGCGGUCAAAUCCGCAUCCCGACAAAAGUGAAGCGUGUGACGGCUGCUCUGGAAUGCAGAACUGCAGUAUGGAAGACAUUGUUCGCCAUGAUCAACCUCGCUAUCACAGACAUCCAGACGUGUGACGCGUGGGAAACCCGCCGCGAUGGAAACGGCGGGCCUUUCCCUGGACCAUUCCGAAAGACGGAGACGGAGUCAGAAAAGCUUGCCUCUGAGCUCGAGCGUAUCCUGGGAUUAGCGCUCCCGGACCCUGGUCAGGACAUCCGCCAAUGUGUCCAAGCUCUGUUGGAGGAUAGGAUCAUCACGCGUGUCGGUACGGCCGUGAGGACGGAGCACCGUCACCACCAGGAAGAAUGCGAAAUACCUGCCACAGCUGAGACUACAAAGCCUAGCCGGGCUGCUGCAAGUCCAACUAGAGCCAAUGUAACAGAGGUGGGACAAGAGCAGCACACCACCCCCAAGGUGCCCGAUCUGACAUCCGUGCAGCCCAUCCACACUGCUGAGAGUGGAGACGUGACCACUGUUACUCAGAUCGAGCAGAAGCCGCAAAGCAACUUGGACGUGGCCAAAGAUACCACCCGCCGCGACAAACCGACAAACGAACACAGCGCAGCAGUUGAGGCUAGUGUUCCGGCAUCAAAAGGUUUUGAAGAGAAGAGCAAGCAAUCAAGUGUCGAACCAGUCCGCAAUACCUCUCCUCCCACCAAGACCGCCCCUUGCAUAGUCAACGGGCCAAGGACGCCACAGCCAUCCCACAUUGGAUCAGCACUGUUCACCUAUCAUCGCCAUGAAGAGGACUUCUGUGAGCAGGUGAAAGAGGCUGUCAGGUCAUUCUCACCCGACAUCGAUGAGUACUACAUUACCGAGAGGUACGAAUGUCAGACCGGAGAGGUGAAGGUGAGGGACAAGAUCUGGCCUCCAGAGAAUUACAUCAAGCUGGCCCGCAGACUGGUCGAGCACCCUUCGAGCAUCUCUCUCGGCAUGGUCGCAGAGUUGCUACGGGAUACGGUACAGCGUGAGAUGGUCGAUGGGUGGUUCACCUCGCUGCCUCUGAAUGAUCCACAGAGGGACGAGGACCAGAUCGCGAAACAUCAGAGGUUCAGGGUGAUCUUGCGCAAGACCUACGAACUUCUCUGUGGCCCGUUAUCGCGACGUGUUCCAGAUCUUGCGCAGCGCAUGGAAAAAGUUACUACCGAAGCGAAAGUACGAAGGGGUUAGAAAGCUUGCCCGCAGUGGUGAGCUCUGGAGAGGGUAGGAUGAGGAUUAUACGCGUAGGCUCAGCUCCACUCAGGCGAUACUGGAGGUUGUAUGCUUCAUUUCGAACUGUUCUGCUGCGCUACGCAAUCGGAAAAAGGGAGAGGCAAAGACAGUCGUCGAUUUGUAGUACGCAUUAGGCAGUGAACGUACGAGCAACAUUGAAACAUCAUUU